AUGCAACAACAAGCGAAUCGCCUCAGACAAACCGAUGAAAAUGAACCGAAAACUGAUAACAAAUGGAAGCGUCGUUCCAUGGAUUCGGACUUGGCCCAGGGAUUCCAAGCUCAGGCCGCCCAACAUUCGAACAAACCGGCGGAACGGUACGCUGCUCAUAUCCCUAUUAAUGUGCCUUCUGGGAGACAAAGUGCUACGAGUAUGGAGUCGGUGCAAAGGUAGGGGUUUUUUGAAGAUGUUUUUGAAAUUUUGGGAAAAAAUUUUGAGUUUGAAGUUUUAAAAAUUUAAAAAAAUUUUGAUCUAGGCGUGAAAAGAGGGUUAUUUUGAUGGAUUUACUGCGGUAAAGUAGCUAUAACUUCUUUCUAGGCUUAGAUUUUUGUUUUUCUAAGUCUGCAUUGUUAUUCUACAGACAAAACGAUUGCUUUUUUAGAUAACAAAUUCCACUUUUUAUACCUAAAAUGGCACUUUUUAGCCAAUUUCGGUUCAAAACCUCUUAUUUUUCAGCCAAAAACUCAAUUUUUCAGACAAAAAUGCCAUUUUUAACAAACCUUUUCACCGACACAGACCUAAAAAAUAGUUUAAAAAUAAGCUGAAGGGUUAUUUGAAAAGGUAUAUGAUUGAGGGCUUACUCAUUUAGCCUUAAAUCUCUUGAACAGGUGUUUGGAAAAAGAAGCCUUCACGUCUUUCAUAUUCGAUAAUUUGUUUUAUAGCUAUGAACUUGCUUGUACUUUGAUGACAUUUCAUUUUGGCAACUUUUUUUGGCAUUUUAGGGCAUAUUGUUAUAGUUGCCAUGCCGAAAUUUAUAUUUACCACCCCUCAAAAUUUUUUUGAAAAAAAAAUGUUUUUAGUUUUGCUAUACCUAUAUCUACACCUAUUUCAAUUUUUUUUAAAAUUUAGGGCAUAUUGUUAUAGUUGUCAUGCCGAAAUUUAUUUUUACCAUGCCCUCAAAAUUUUUUUUAUUUAAAAAAUUUUUUUUUAUUUUUGCUAUACUUAUAUCUACAUCUAUUUCAAUUUUUUCUUGUUCCAAUGAAAGUUUUAUCAAAUUUUUUUUACCCCGCCCAACCAGAAUUGACCACAGCGAUGUUUGUUUACAAUAUCUUCCGCUUUUCUCAGUUUGUUACCUUUGGAGCGGCCUUAAGAGCCCUUAAGAUUGUGGACAAGCUCAAAGACAGAUUUAGCUUCGGCUUUUGACCCUUUCAUUAGGGUCUAAAUCAUAUUUUUUGUUAUUGUUUCGAACAGAAGUUGAAUUUUAACCCGUUGUUCCCAAAUACUUCACCAUAAUUUUUUUAACACGGAAGUAAAAGAUAUUAUUUUACCUUAUUAGAACAGUAAAAAUUUGAUUUUACUGUAAUAAAAAUGAAAAGUAUAUGAUUUUACAUUAUGGAAAUAUGAUUUUACUGUAUUACAGUGGUCUCUCUAUAUACUGAACCAUCUGUAUAAGCAACUCUCCUUAUAGUAAACAAGAAAUUUGGUUUUGCCAAGUCAAUUUGCGCUAAAAAUCACUCUGUAAAGACAACACUCCCUAUAGUAAACACAAAAUGUCGGUCCCUUCGGGUUGCUUAUAUAGAGUGAGUGCUGUAUAAUGAAAAAGUAUGUGAUUUUACAGUAUUAUAAUGGAAAAGUAUGUCAUUCUACACUAUGGAAAUGUGAUUUUGAUCUAUUAAAAAUGAAAAAAAUUUGAUUGUUGGUUUAAUUUAGGUACAUAUUAUACAAGAAAAAAAGUUUUGUCGUAAUUUGUAAUCUCUUGCACUGUCAAAAACGACAAAACUUAAUUUUUUUGGAGCAAUCUCUUUUUUUUCUGACUUUUUUUAAUAUUGCGGUCAAAAAGUUUAAAGAAUUAUCUAUUAUUUCUAUAGAAUAAUCGAAUUAGUACCCUUUUAGAGACAAUCCGUAGCAUAUUAUUCACUAUUCAAAACUUAAAAAUCAAAAAAAAAUUUUUCUACCCGCUUUUUGACCUAAAAAUCAAUUUUUCUAUAAACUUUUUGACUUUUCUACACACUUUUUGACCUAAAAAUCAAUUUUUGUAUGAACUUUUUGACCGUAGACUUUAAAAAUCUAUUUUUCUAUAAACUUUUUGACCCAUUUAUAACUAAAAAAUGCUCUCUCUAUUCUCUCAUUUCCUCUCUCCCUCUCUCUCACUGCCUUCCACUCUCUUCUCUCUCGUUUUGAGGGUAACCCAGUCAAAAAACAAGCGUCUCUUUCAUGACCUUAAAGCAAACUUAUGUUUUAUUCGAACUAAUAAGUUCCAAUCAAGGUUGGUAUCUUAUCCAGCUCGUUUUUACGUGGCUGGUAAAGUAAAUUUUGGAGGGCUUGAUUUUUUUUGAUCGGGCGGAUCUUUUUUCUUUAAACUUGUGGCACAAAUUCUAAAAAUCAAUUUUUUCUAUAAACUUUUUGACCGAAAAUGUAAACAUCAGUUUUUUCAUGCACUUUUUGACCGCAAAUGGUAAAAAUUGUUUUUUCUACGAACUUUUUGACCGAAAAUGUAAAAAUCAGUUUUUCUACGAACUUUUUGACCGAAAAACUGAUUUUUCUAUGAACUUUUUGACCGAAAACCUGAAAAUUUAGUUUUUCUAUAAACUUCUCGACCGCAAACUUAAAAAUUCCGUUGUUCUAUGGAUUUUUUUUAGACCUAAAGUUCAAAUAUUUCAAAAAAAAAUUUGAAAAACGUCAUUUCUGCCGUUUUCAGCGUAGCCCUAGACAAAGCGUCGCACAAACUGGACCAGAUGAUAGACCAAGCCCGUUACAAACAUCAACAACACCGUACCAAGUUCAAAGAGGCUAUCGACUAUUUAGACCAGAUAUUCGAGGACUUGAAGAAGGAAACGGUCGAACCACAGAAUCGACCGGAAAAACAAAAACCGGACAAGUUUCCGGUCAAGAUCACCAAAACUAUGACAAAGGGUACCACUUCGCCACAACGGCCGCAGUUGGUCAAGAGUGUUAGUCAGGAUGCUGGAGGCAAUGCGUAAGUUACUGUAGUUUUUGUACCGUAAUGAUCAGAGUAUUGUAAGUAGAGUACCUUAGGUACAGAAAAAAGGUUUAGAUUACUGUAUUUUUAGUACUGUAAUGGACAAUCUAGCGGAGGUAGAGUAAGAGUAGUACAAAAGUUAGGGCUAGGGUACUGUAGUUAGAGUACGGUCGAUAAAGGAGAAAGAUUGAGGUUACUGUAUUUUUGGUACUGUAAUGGGCAGGCUACUGUCGCUAGAGUACGGGAGAUACAAAAUUUUCACCUAGUUUACUGUAGGUAUGGUACUGGGGAAGUAGUAUUAGGAUUACUGUACUUGGAGUAUAUAGCAUAUAGUUUAGGUUACUGUAGUUAGAGUACUAUAAUUAGGUAAAUAAUAUCAGAGUUACUGUAACUAAAGUACUGUAAAUCGAGUACAUAGUAUAUAGGUUACUGUAUUUUCGUUGCUGUAAUUGAAAAAUUAGUAAUUAAGGUUUAUUGUAAUUAGAGUACUGUAAUUAAGGAAGAAAUCGAUGGGAUACUGUAGUGGAGUACUGUAAUUUUAAAAAUUAGAUUUUCCAUAAAUUUGUAUGACCAACAAGACCCAAAAAUUUUAAAGCCUUAACAAAAAGUUUUGUUUAGUGUUAAAACCUUCGGGGCAGCCGGCUGUCACAAAUAUUUAGGGGCCAUUUAUCAGGUCGUCUCUUAAAAAGACUAUCAAAUGGCCUCAGGUCAACUGACCUUUACCUUUAAUCAGUCGUUUUUUUGUCUUAAUUCUAUGUUCUAAAGUGUUUUAAGCUGAUAAGCCUAAUAUUUGUUGUCCUAAGUUAUUUUUUAAGCCUAAAAGCUUGUUAUAAGCCUAGGAGGAGGAAUUAAGCCUAAACAUUGUUAUUCGUUAACUAAAGAUCAAUAUUAAGUUUAAAAAUUGAUAUUUGUUACCUAAAAACCGCUAUUUAAGCCUAAAAGUUAUUUUAAGCCUAAAACUUUUUAAAAUUCUUUAAAAACCUAAGCUCAUUCUAAGCCUAAUGACAACUCUGGCAGUAAAAUGACAACUCCUGGCCAUGGUAAUCUAUAUCGACUCGUUUAGACGGAUCCACCCCCAAAAACAGCUUCAGCCGGCUCGAUUCCAACAACCGAUCUCACAGGCACAGAAGCCAGUACAACAUGCUGUCAAUGCUCAGUUUAAGGGCCAACGGGAGAAACCACAAAAGGUAUGUUUUUAUAUUUGUUAUAAUUGGUCAUCUUUUGUCAUUAUGAUAAAUUAUUUUUGUCAUCAUGACAAAUUUUAUAAUGUCAUCAUGACAAGUUAUUUUUGUCAUAAUGACGGGUUUUUUGAGGUUAUUAUGACAAAUUAUUUUACUGUUCUUGACAUGUCAUUUUGAACACAGUUUAAAAAAAAUUUUUUUUAUUUUAAAAAGAUUGGCAUUUCAAUCCGCGCCAAAAAGAAUUGAUCCCUUUUGCUAUAUAAAUGCACUGAAAAGUGAUUAAUUCUUUUUGACGCGGGGCCAUAUUUCUUAUUUUUGGACUGAUUUAGGUAAUAAAUUUUGGUUUUUCUAUGAACUGUUGGACCGGAAUGAACUAGUAGAUGUUUUUUUCAAGUAUUUGUUUACUAAAAGUUUAUAUUUUUUGUAUUUUAGAGUUGAAAAAUGAAGUUUUUAACGUUAGAUUGGGUUUAGAAAGUGGGGUUUCUGCUUAUCUUUAGGCCUAAAAUUGAUUUUUUUUAGCAAUUUUUGGACCAAAAAUUAAUUUUUAAACUAAUUCAGACCAUAAAAAUAUAUUUUUUUAAUUUAAAAAAAGACAUUUUCUCAAUUUUUUGUGAAUUUCAGGUAGAAUCCGGUGAUGUUGAAGUAACGGAGACGAUAGUUCUACCAUCCAAAAAUACUUCGGAACGGCUGGAUUAUACUCGGAAGUGGUUACAAGAUGACAUUAAAACCUGGGUGGACAAGCCGGGAAAUGUCAAUAAUCAAGUAGGGGUUAUUUGAUGGGCAGGGUAAAAAUCAAAUUUUUUUUGAUUUUUAAUUGGCUUGAUUUUUUGUUUUUUUGUGGGUUUCUUAAAUUAAAAAAAAAAUUUUUUUGCCCCCCCCCCUCCAAAAUUUUUUUACCCCGCCCAAUUUUUUUUUAACUUCUCUUCUAAAACUUGUUUAACAUGGCAAAAAGUAACGUAUUUUACAUUGAAAUUUGUCUCUAACAGUCCUUUUUGCAGCUUCGCCGGGUCGGCAGCAGCGGAGAGUCGGACGAAGAACACUCGUUGGGCAGUUGUUCGGCCGAAGUGGCGUUCAUAAACGCGGCGAAACGCGAGAAACGCGAAAAACAACCGGCCAAGGAGAAGAAGACCAAGACGUAUGUGAUUUUGAGAUGGUUGUGACCUUUUUUAAUAAAAAAAAAAUUUCUAUGAACUUUUGGACCGGACGCUAAAAAUUUUUUUUUUGAAUUUUGGGAUUUUAAAAAGCAAAAAAAAGAUUUUUCUAUGAACCUUUUGACCAGAAAUCCAAAAAAAAAAUUUUUUCUAUAAACUUUUGGACCAACAAACAAUUUUUUUUCAAUUUAGUGAACCAGUCCCCCAACCACCCCCCCCUCAAAUUCCUCAAAUCCAACAGCCAGUCACCCAAAACCCCCCCCAAACAUGGGUGCCCCAAUCAAGCCCCGCCCCUACCGGCCGAACGAACAAGGUGCCCCAGGCUUUGUCAUAACCGACGACCAAAACCCCUACAACAACAUAAGACCAUCGACCAGUGACAGUGUGGACCGCGCGGCUUCCGAAUUCAGUCACGGUAGUCAGAAUUCGCACGAACUGAAAAAUUGUGAAAAGGUCCUCUUUUCGGCCGAAAAAGUCACAUUCAACUCGCUUCAACGGUCGAAUUCUGGAGCGUUUGUUCAAUUCCAGCGUGGUUCGAUUCAAAGUUUACCUGAUGCGAUGUAUGGUCCGACUAGGACUCCAUUACCGUAUCCGCCUAGUAAUACUAGUGGGUAUGGUAGUACGUCGAGUCAACAGUAUCUACAUCCGCCAGAUCCUGUGCAUCAAAUGAAUGCUCUUGUCGCUGAAUUGGAGCUUAGCAAUGAUCCGGUAAGAUUUUUUUCAAAUUUUAAAAUUAAAAAAAAAUUAUGUUUUGCACUGUACAGUCACUUUUUUGCACUGGAAAAUCGAUUGCACCGUGCAGUCACUUUUUUCCACUGAAAAUUUGGUUGCACCGUGCAGUUGCUUUUUGCACUGAAAAGUCGAUUGCACCGUGCAAAAUAAAUAUAAAAUUGGUGCACUGUGCAAAAUGAGUAACCGCAAGAAAUUUCUUUCCAAAAUCAUUUUUAAAAACCGCAAGAACUUUGUUUCCAAAUUAAUUUUCAAAAACUGCAAGAACUUUCUUUCCAAAAUUAAUUUUUAAAAACCGCAAGAACUUUCUUUCCAGAAUUUUGAAAAGCGCCGUUCCUUCCCCAUAAUGCCCAAUGAUCCUCAAAAGUCAUCGCCACGCCAACGGCCGAUUGCCAACACCACGGUCAAGGUGCAGGACCCACAGAGUGUACCACGCUUGAGUGUACCACAGCAGCACAACUACUCGGGGUCGAUGGACCGUGGGAUGAGGAGGUACGAAGAGAAGAUGGCAGUACAACGACCGGUCGAUAAGUCGAAUGUUUUGGCUCAGAAAAUGGGACAAAAAGUGGUACCAAAUUCCGAAGUAGUACCAAAAAUGGUACCGAAUCAGAAAAUGGUACCAAAAAUGGCUCCAAAACAGAAGUUAGAGGACGCUGCUUCAUUGUUGGACUCAGUUAUUGGAGAACUUCAUCCUUUAGAUGCACCAAAAAGACCAAAGGCCACGGAGCAUUAUGCUCAGAAUACAGUAUCCCAAACUACCGUACCCACUUGGCAACAACAAAUGAUGGCGAAGAAGCAACAAAGAAUCGCUCAGACUGGUCCUGGAAUCUCUGGUGCACCAGUAAUGGGACAGGCUUAUCUUCAGGAUCCUAGUGUGCAUCAACAGGUACAGUAUGGUACUCAACAUAGUACUAGUAUACAGCAUGGUACACAAGUUGGUGUUGGUUUGCAACAUGGUACUCAGGUUGGUACUGGUUUGCAGCAUGGUACUCAAGUUGGUACUGGUUUGCAGCAUGGUACUCAACAUAGUACUGCCCUACAGCAUGGUACUCAACAUGCACCAUCCUAUACUCAACAAUCCAAUCAAUAUUUGCAACAACCACAACAUAACCCACCUCAUAAUAGCCCCAGGAAUCAACCGGUCGGUGUAGUUCAUGUUCAUCAACAUCAACAUGGUCAACAAGCUCAGCUCCCGAACCACUUUCAAAUCAUCAACGAUGAGAAACUGAAUCCAUCGAAGGUCGAAGCCAUUCACAACAUCUUCGACCGGAAGCCGAUUCAACGUCAAGGAAGUCGAGAGAAGGUUCAGAGACAAAGGAGCAGCGACCAGCUUCAACAUCAAGUACAACAUCGUGACCUAAGUCAAAGUGGUCGCGACCUAGACAUUGUGCUACACCCACCGGAGCCAGUGUACAGUGAGAUCAACGAAUUUCGAAAAGAUCGCUCCGGAAGCCUGAAGAAUCCCUCAAGGGUACAGUUUGACAGUCGACCAUCGUUACCUUCUACACAGCCUCCAAACCAUCGUACCUACCUCUCUCCAACCCAGAAGCCGGUUCAACGUCAAGGAAGCCUUCGAACACCUCAUCAGUACGACAAGCCUCAAGCACAGUACGAAAAACCCCAAGCACAGUACGACCGUGCCUCCCUGAACAGCCAGAACGUCGACGAAGAGGAGAACUUUUACGACAACAUCCGAACCCACUGUUCCGACGCCCACCGUCAAGAGGACGAACACAGUGUGACAAGCCGACGUACUAUUGGAGCACCAUACCAAACCUCACGAUCUCCACAACCUCCCAUGCCCAAGAACGCCGGCCGAAUCGGCCAAUUGAUCCGAAAGCUGGGCGGUGUACCAGAAAGACCAAUCGUGCAUCAGAACUCGUUGCACGAUAACCAUGGAGCCUCGGUAUUGUCAUUGAAUAGGGUAGGGCAGGAUGGUGCACAACGGCCGGGGAUGUUGAUGAAGAGCAACUCGUUGAGUCAUGAACCUUGGAGAAUUCAUGCCAUUGAGAAGGAUGGUGAGAGCUUAAUAUUUUUUAAUUGAAGCCAAGUUAGGGUAUAUUAGGAUAGGGUAGGGUAGGGUAGGUUGGGUAGGGUAGGGUAGGGUAGGGUAGGGUAGGGUAGGGUAGGGUGGGGUGGGGUAGGGUAGGUUGGGUACGGUACGGUAAGGUAGAGUAGAAUCGAUUAUAGUAAUGCACUUGAGAGCAGGCUACUGUAGGGUAGAAAAUUUUACAGUGAUAAGGUUGGCUAAGAUAGCGUACGGUAAGGUUUGGUUGACAACGAUAGGGUACGGUAAGGAGGGUAGGACAGAGCAGUAGAUAGUACGGCAGAGUACAUUAAGGUAGGGUAGGUUAAAGUAGAGUAAAGGAGGGCUCGGUAGGGUAGGGUAGGGUAGGGUAAGGUAGGAUAAGGUAAACUAGGGUAAAGAACGGUAAAGUGCGGUAGAGCCGAAUACGGUAUGGUAGCGUAGGGUAGGGUAGGACAGGGUAGGGUAGGGUAGGGUAGGGUAAGGUAGGGACAAAAAAGUCAAUUCUAACCCUUCCAAACUAAUAAAUUUUGUAUUUUAGACUCAUCGAUGGAUCAAAAGACUAGUGGAAUUGGCAACCGGCUGAAACAAACUUUAUUUGGCAGUCGAAAAUGGCACAAUAACUGA